CCAGAAAUCGAAGAAUCGAUAAAAGUAGCGUCAGAGGAAGUCGUACGGUCUGCUAAUUGUAAGCUAACCUUGACGAUUCCUAUUAGCGAUAUACGAAACGAGCUAUAGUAGUAGCAUUCGAUAACAGGUAAAAGGAAAAGGAAAUGGUUCCGAAAUACAUAGAUAUUGUGAAACACAUAACAAGUUACGAAUAAUUGAAGACCUCUAAUGGCAAGUUGUUCUUGUCCAUCGCAUGCAUGCGGGUAACUUAAGCAUAAACUUCAAGGUACGACGAGUUAAUACGUUCCAGACAAAAGGUUAUCCACCUAGGAGUCUAGACACUAAUGAAGGGCAUACAAUAUUAAUUCCGGUGCAAAUUCGAGCAAACUACAAAAUAUACGAUGAAGCACGAUGAAUUAUUGCGGUAUCGGUAACGCUGCACAAGGGAGGAAAUUUAAACGGCAAAGUAAGAGCAGCGCGUGCGCGCAUCAGAAUGCGGGGGUAGCGAAUAUGAACUCACCCCUGAAAAACGUAGACACUUAGUUGCGCGUGAUCCUCGAAAGGGGUCGGAUGCUGUUCCGUUGACGAAAGCAACCCUCGAACGUGACUUCGUCUACCCGCCAACGCGAUUCACACGAUUUCACGUUUUCACUCGACCGCGAGUGGUUCCUCGUCAAUGUGAAUCGGUAUGUUAACCAUCAUAGAGUGAUACAGGCGCAGGGUUUUAACGCAUCUUCGUGUCCGGUCGGCAUGUCCACUUUCGUUAGAAACACCGAUACUCAUCUGACGACUUUGACGAGGAUCUUGGGCGUGUGUACCGCGAUCAUCGUUUGCGGCGUCGGGGUGGACGUGGCAUAUCAUCAACACCUGAUGGGAUUUUACGUUACAGCAGCAGCCGGUUUCAUCUUCUUCCUGGAAAUCACGUGGGCCAUCACGCUGUUCGUGCAAAUCUGUGUCAGGAAUGAUGAGUCGGUCUGUUCCUGUUGCUGGUCUGGCGUCCUAGCGAUAACGAACGGCUGGCGGAGAGCGUUAUUUUAUCUGCCGCUGUCCUGCAUUUUGGCAUGGAAACCGCACAGUCUUUGGCUCUCCUACGUUGCUGCCGGACUGCUGGCCGCGCUGUCCUUGCUGUACAUCGCGUCCAGCGCUUUGGGGGAUCGCGGCACAGUCUGCCAGAUAAGCAACGCCGCGGAUUCGGUGACUGAAAGCCUUUUAAACACCAGGUCCGAACAUUAUGAUCGUUUCGAGGAAGUACUGGUGACUGAUGUGAUGGACGAUGGGGCGACGGGGCCAACAGGUCGAAUAGGCAACAGCGACGGGGAUAUGUGACAUGAGCGUCGGCCCUCUUGGGCAAGUGAGUCGGACGAGGAUAGUGAACCCGAGCAAAGGACGUGUCAGAUAGCAACGUUGUCUUAAUUAAUCCUCGAUGCGAGAAAGAAGAGAUAUGCGUGCCGUGCCGACACGAAGAUCCACGGCUUAACCGUAGCAACAACUGUGAUUGAACAUUUUGAUUUUUCAUUCGAAUUUGUAAGAAUCGAGAGAGAAACUUUCGCGUUUUCUAUAAUCGAAAGUUCGUAAGUAAAUUCGCGUUUUAACAGAUGCGCGCCGGGCGUUCUACCACCGUAAUAUGUACUUGCGUUAAUAUUUUUUUUUUAUACUUUAUAGGUAAUUGCUAGUGAAAGAAAAGAUAAAAAUUGAAAUGUUAUUACAGUAGGACCUCGGGUGUCAACGAGUUCUGGUCAGGUAUUCGAACAGUGUGACCGACAGUGGUCGUUGAAUGCGAGAAAAAUGUUAUUUGUUAAGAUAAAACCACGUUGAUAUACAUUAUCGGCCGAAAGUAUUAGAUCCUGUAAAGUAUUGUUACCGUUGUAGAUGUACAAAUAUUAAAUAUUCGACAAUCCGUGUCCCAUAGUGAUUA